UGUCGUGACUGCGAUAAAAUUGGAGUUGGGGGUUUUUCGGGUACAGGAGAAUGGACGAGCAUUUUUCCAUUUGCGUUUGUGUGCUGAGUCUGGAUGACAAACACGAUACACUUCCAAAUAGUUCAGUUACCUACUUAACGACCCAUUAGUUCUGUAAGUUUUCCGGACGAGUGCGACUGUACUAAACUUUGGCUUACACGAAGACCGAUCAAUUUUUUCGAUGAUGGAGAAGAUUAUUUUAUAUAUCCUCGUGACAUGCGGAUUUUUUUGGCCGAGUGUGGAAGCUCAGAUUUCACCGGAGGAGCUUGCAACUCUCCAGGACUACCGAGCCAUUGAUGAAAUCUUACUCAGUUACCUGAGGAACGUCAUUAUUAUUUUGGAAUCCAAGAUAGAUUAUAUAUAUUUUUUGCGGGACUCUCUCACUGGGUAUAAUCAUUUGAAGUUGGAUCCGCAAUACUACUCAAAAGAUGCGCUCCAGAACUUUAAAUUGGCCAAACGGUUCAUGUAUCAGUGGAAGCUAAUUCAUAGAAGUGUUCGCGACAAUCCCAUCGAAAGAUUGGAUGAUCGAUACCGACAGUUGCUAGCUAAAUAUGCAUUUCCGUCGAUGACUGAUUUGAGGAAUGUUGCCAUGGACUACUUACACAUACAAAUUAGGAGAAAUAUUCCCACCGUGGAUCUUGCGAGCGGUACAUUUCUGGGUGCAAAACACAAGACAACGUUACGAG